AUGAUGGGACUAUUUGGAAAAACCCCGGAGAGAAAUCCGAAGGAUAUGGUAACAGAAUGGACUCACAAAUUAAGGAAGGAAGGCUAUCAGAUAGAUAGACAGAUAAGAGCAAUUCAAAGGGAGGAGGAAAAAGUGAAACGAUCUCUAAAAGAAGCAGCCAAAAAGAACGAUAAAGACACUUGUCUUAUACUCGCAAAGGAAAUUAUUAAUGCUAGAAAAACAGUCAACAAAAUGUAUACAUCUAAGGCACAUAUUAACUCGGUUAUGCUACAAAUGAAGAAUCAAUUGGCAACGUUACGUGUAGCAGGGUCAUUGCAAAAAUCCACAGAGGUCAUGUCAGCAAUGCAAAGACUAGUAAGGAUACCUGAGAUUGCACAUACUAUGCAGGAAAUGUCUAAAGAAAUGAUGAAAGCAGGUAUUAUCGAAGAGAUGCUGGACGACGCAAUGGACGAUUUCGAAGACACUGAAGAGAUGGAGGAAGCAGCGCAAAACGAAAUCGACAAAGUAUUGUAUGAGAUUACAGAGGGUAAGAUUGGAGAGGCUCCUGCACCUCCAACAGAUACAACAGUAGGCGAAAAGCCAACAGCAGCUGAAGAACCGGAAGAAGAAGAUGAAGAGGAACUAGAGGAGAUGCAGAGCAGAUUGGCGGCGCUAAAGUCAUAAUGAAUAGGUGUGAUUUAAUCCUGCACACUGUUGCUACAAAUUAUAUUAUGAUUCAUUGAACAAUGGCAAUGUAUUCAGUAAGAGGGUUAGGCAUUGUGAUAGACUAAGCAGAUAUCUGCAAUAUUACAAAAAUAAGAAAUUUAAUGAACCUACAAUCUAGUAUUCUAUUUAAACAUACCUGUUUGUUGAAAAACUGAAGCAAGUUACAACAACACGAACGAUUGUAGAUUUCUUGUAGAGGUGAUAGAACCAGAAACAGGUAUGUAAAUUAUUUUGGUGAGUCGAGUCUGGCGUAAUUUUUCCUAACCAGGAGAAGCGUCGUGUAAUGGGGAAUUUUCAAAAACUUGUUGGUUUGAUGAAAUAUUAAUAUUUUGGAUCCAAUAGGUAUAACCCGAGUAUUUUCAUUUUUUUCUACUAAUUUCAGUGACAAAACAUCCUUCCAUACUUCAAACAUGAAAUUUUUCCUUAAGAUGGUAACAUAAAAUUUCUAGUGAUGUAAUCCGUUUUCUACUUGCUGUCAUUAAAAUACAAUUAUAGUUCUGCCGUGGAGCUAAGACUCUCAUCAGAUGUGAAUAAAAUCACUUUUAUGCUAUGGCAUUAGCAGGUAUAAUGUAUGGUCAAGUUCUACUGGUAUGCAGAAUGUAAUAAAUAUAUCAAACAUUUCUGUCAACAUACGAGGAAAGAAACGAGUUUGGCUGCAAAAUCCUGAAAAAUGGGAUGUAAAUAAUCUAUUUCAGCUGUUAAAAAUACAGUUUCCUUUGUGUAGAGAAUGUCCCAUUCUCUUUUGCUCCCAUACCGUACCUCUACUAAACUGAUGUAUUUUUUCAUAAGUAUGCAUAUCUAUCGGUUGGGAACACCAUUAUUAUAGUACUAAACUCAAAUGCAGUUCUUAUUAAUCUAUCUGAUAUCGAAGUGUUGCAAUGUCGGUGCUUUUUUGCCAAUGUUAAACGAAAAAGUCGAAAUGUGUUUGAUAUAGUUAUAAAAUCCGCGAAACAACAACAACCUCGGAUUUAUUGACAUGCAAGUGUAUUUGAUUUGGUCUUUGAUUAAAAAUGCAUGCUGGAAAUGUGUACUAAUAGUGUUAUAAAAAAUGUGUACUAUAGCCUUCUGAGAAUAACUUGUUAUUGUUACAGUUUGUGUAUGAACUAGUUUUUUGUACUAAAUGCAAGAGAAGUAAGAUAAGUUAUUUAUAGAUGAAUAUUUCUACAUUAUAUGUAUAUAGAAAAAAUUGUAUGUGCACAAUCUGGAAGAAUAUAUAAACGAAAGAAUAUUUUGUCAAAGAGCAUUAUUCAAAAUAUAAUUUGAUGUAAUUUCUGCAAGCUUAUUCAAUAUUGUUUCAUGAUCAUGCUUUGUGUCACUCAAAAGAGUUGAACAGAGUAUUCAAGCUUCGUAAUUUAUCCUAUUCAACAAACAUUUUCAACAGCAAUAAGAAUAUCAUAAUUGUCUUUCCUUGUUAUAUGCUGUAAAACUAACGUUUCAAUAACUUGUAUUUCUUUUAGGAAGUGCCUAUCUUGUUCAUUGAAUUUUAGAUAUUCAAAUUUAUACAUCUCUAUAAACUUUGUUAAUCAUACAUGAACUAUAAAGCAUUGACAUGUCUAUUGGUAGCAAAUAACAAUUAUUUGUAUUGACACUUUUGUGAUAAUUGCUGUACAUUUUUUGAAAUGAGUUAUAUAUCCGUUUUACACUCAUUUGUAAGUAUUAUCGAGAUAUUUUGUUUAUAAUUGUAUAUUAUUUAUUUUGGAUAAGUACAUUUAUUGUACUUAUAUAUGAAGCUUUAAAAAUGUAAUUGUAAAAAUUGUACUAGAUGCAUUAAUGAAACUAGUGAUAGAUGGCACUUUGGUUUAUUUAGCCGCAUUAAUAUAUUGACCAAAAAAUUGUAAGCUUUCAAUAAAAAUUCUCACAGGAAGCCACUUAUUAUUUAAAUGCAAAGCAAUGGGUAACUUGAUCAUUGUUUUUUUAUCCCAUAGUUUAGUAGUAG